AAGCGGCAAAAUUUAGUCAUGGAUUAAAUUGACAUAGAAACAAUCAAUUAAUAAGCUAGAAAAGCUAAAGAACUCUUUAAUGAAGGUAAACAUAAUGAAGCUGAGUCUAUGAUGUAAGGAGUUAUGUAAUAAGCAUUAACUUAUUAUAAAGAUGAAUUAGCAGUAGAAAUGGCAGAAGUAUAUUUUUAUUAUUAUUAUAAUUAGUAUUAUUAUAUGUAUGGAACUAUUAUAGUAUUAAAAUUAAGUGAACAUCAAGAUGUAUUUGGUUAAAGAACAAGAGAAGCUGAAAAUAAUGCACUUGCUGUUUAAGAUCCUGAAUAUACUUAAAGUGAUAAUGAUGGAGAAUAAAUUGAAGAUGGAGAUAUUGAAGAAGAACAUAAAGUUUAAGAUAAUAAACCUACUGAAAAUAUUGAAGAUUUAGAUGAUUUUCAUAUUGCAUGGGAAAAUUUGGAAGUUGCUAGAGUUAUAUUAGAAAAAGAAAUAUCAAUUUAAAAAAAUAAAGAUAUUUAAGAAUUUAAAUAUAUUAGAAAUCUUGCUAAAGUUUAUAUUAAACUUGCAGAACUUGAUUAAUGGAGAGAUAAAUUUGAUGAUGCCUAAGAAAAUUUAUUAAAAUCUUUAUAAUUAAGAUUAUAAUGUGAAAAUCCAGAAAUAUCUAGAGAUAUUGCUGAAACAUACUUUUUUUUAGGAAAUGUUACGUUAUAUAAUUAUAAAGAAGGAAAAGAAGAAGAAGCAUUAAACUAUUAUUUAAAAGCUUUGCAAAUUUUAGAAAAUCAUUUAUGUAAAUUAUAGAAUAAAGAAUUUAAAUAAGUAAUUAUAUUAUUAAUUGUAGAUUAUUCUUUAAGAUACUUAUGAUAGAGAACAUUUAAAAUUAUCAUUUUUAGAUAAUGAUGAUUCAAAAGAAUUAAAAUAAGUUUUAUCAAUGUUAUAUGAUAAAGUUGAAGAUACAAAUAUUGCAUGGAAAGAAAUUUAAACUGAUGAAUGGAAAAAAGCACGUGAAGAAAUGUUAAAUAAAGCAUAAAUUAUGUAAUAAUAAUAAGUAUAAUAAUAAUAAUUCACUUCAUAACCAAUUUAAGAAGAAAGAUAAAUUAUUUAAUUAGGAAAUUUUGGUAAUGCUAGAAGAAGAAUAGAAGUAGUUGAAAAAUAAUAAUAACCAUAAUAAUAAUAACCAUAAUAAUAAUAAUAAUAAUAAUAAUAAUAAUAAGCAGAAGAAUUACCUUAAGAAGAAGCAAGUAAAAAAGUUAAAAUUGAUUGA